CGGCGCGCGGCGCGGGAGCAGGAUGCGGAUGAGGUGGAGCAGGACGCGGCCCUGGCCCUGGCUCUGCUGCAGGGCGCCAAGGCCGGCGGCCGCAACGAGCGCCUGCUCAACAGCUGGCUCACCUCCGCCGCGACGCAGCCCGAGGGCGGCGCGCUGUUGUGCGGGCGCCGCUGCGCGGCGGUGCUGCGGGGCGUGUGCCGCGCGGGGGAGCUGCCUGUCGGCGCGCGCGUCGCGGCGCCGCGGGCGCUGCUGAAGGUCGCGCUGCUGCCUACGGCCGACCUGGAUGUUCUUGAGGCGGUGUUUGAAUGGCUUGAGAGGGCGGAGCUGGUUGCCGAAUGA